AAAAAAAAAAAAAAAAAACUGGUUCAGAUUCUUCUUUUUGGCUAUUCAUUCAUUUCUUCAGUUAUAGUUUACAUGUUUAGCAUUUCUAGGGCAUUUUCUACAGCUGUUAGUGGACCAUUCAAAUUGGCCAUUGUUGGAAGUGGUCCUGCUGGUUUUUAUACUGCUCAUCGAUUACUAAAAGAAUGGCCAAAUACACAAAUUGACAUGUUUGACAUUUUACCUGUACCUCAUGGCUUAGUAAGAUUCGGUGUUGCCCCUGAUCAUCCUGAAGUAAAAAAUGUCAUGACCACUUUUGAUAAAGUUGCGGAAGAUGAUCGUUUUCGUUUUUUUGGAAAUGUUCCUAUUGGCACCCAAUUUGCAAAAGGAAUUGGUAUAAAGGAAUUACAGGAAAAUUUCGAUGCUGUGCUUCUUUCUUAUGGUGCAAGCGAAGAUAGAAAACUGGGAAUUCCUGGCGAAGAUGCUUACGGAGUUGAGUCAGCCCGAAGUUUUGUUAGUUGGUACAAUGGGCAUCCUAACUAUUGUGACCUUCAAAUACCUCCAUUAGAUGAUACAGAUACUGCAGUUGUUAUUGGUCAAGGCAAUGUAGCACUUGAUAUUGCUCGUAUUUUAUUAAGCCCAAUAGAUGUCUUGCGUAAAACAGAUAUUACAGAAUAUGCAUUAGAAGCCUUGUCCAAGAGUAAGAUUAAACAUGUACAUGUAGUAGGUCGUAGAGGUCCUGUACAGGUUUCAUUUACUUCAAAAGAAUUAAGAGAGCAAAUGGCAUUGCCUGGAGUUGAAUUUCAUGCUGAUAUGGACUUAAUAAAGAAAGAAAUUACUGAUUCUCAAGCAUUUAUUAGUAAGAAUAGGCCUUUAAAACGUCUUUUGAGUUUGUUAGAAAAGGGUUCACCUACAAAACAAGGGGAUAAAUCGUGGACGGCUAAGUUUUUACGUAGUCCAAUUGAAGUAUUGACAAAUGGUCAAAAGGCUUGUGGAAUUAAAUAUGAACUAAAUCGACUAGAGGGACCUUUAGAACAACGAAAGGCAAUAGGCACGGGCGAAUAUGAGACACAAGAAUGCGGAGUCAUUUUGACAAGUAUUGGCUAUAAAAGUAUUCCUAUUGAUGAUAGUAUCCCAUUUGAUAAACGUCAAGGUCGUAUACCAAAUCGUUACGGGAAAAUGAUGAAGGAUGGUGAAGAAGUAUCAGGUAUGUAUACAGCAGGUUGGCUUAAGAGAGGACCUACAGGUGUUAUUGUAUCUACUAUGACCGAUGCCUAUGAGACUGCUGAUACCAUUGUAGAUGAUUUAAAGAAUGGAAAGGAAAUGCUUGAUCGAGGUGAAUCCAAAGCAGGAGCUGAAGGUUUAAAGAAAUUGAUGGAAAAAAGAAAUAUUCGACCUGUUAAUUAUCAGGAUUGGAAGAAAAUUGAGGCUGCAGAAUUUGCUAUUGGAGAGAAAAUGGGUAAGCCUCGUGAAAAGUUCUGUAAGAUUAAAGAUAUGUUAGAUGUUCUAUAGAUUCAAUUAUUAUACUAUUUAUUCCAUCUUUAUGUCAUAUAAUUCAGUUAAUACAUUAUUAUUAUACAUCUUUAACAGUAAAUAAUCCUUUUAUUAAAGAUAUUGAUUAAAUAAUCUAUUACCUACACUAUUCUGAGGCAAAAAAAAAAAAGUGUCUAUAUUUUAACUCAAACUAAUUUUUAUUUACAAUUCACAUGUUCAUAAAUAAAAAAAUGUAUACGUAAUAUGUUUAAAUUGAUUGGAUAAAAAUAUUUACUCCUUGAAUGAAUUUACUCCUUAAAAAAGGGAAAAAAAAAAGAUAUAAAAAGGGGGUCAAAAAAUUGUAAAAUUCCCUUUUUUUUUUUCUUUUUUUCUUUAUGAUCAUCAACCGGCUAUUCCACGGCCGUGAAAUGGCUGGGCCUGAUCAGCCUGGAGUGUCUCUUCAGUU